UCCACCGCGCACCUUCUCCCGCCACCUGCAGCUGCGCUGGCGCCGCGACCACCGCUGUUGCUGCACCUGCAGGCACGCGUCACGCCGCCAGCUGUGCUGUCUGCACCUGACGAGUCCGCUAGCGCUCUGCAACUGACGUGUCACGCCUCGGAAACGUCGCUUGAGGACUUUUGACAGUGGUACCGGUUUAUUUUAUUCAGUCCAAAUUCGCACAUCGCGUUUCUUCGAAUCCGCGUAGGUUACCGUGAUAGACACGACAUUCUCGUACAACUUUUGAUAGUUCGGACAUUUAGUAUUUCGUCCCUUUUUUACAAUUUUGCAGAGGCCUGUGCACUCCUUUCAGUCGAAGUAAUGUAAAAUGUGGCGAUUUAAUUGAGGUAAUUGCUCUAUAAGACCAACUAACAGUGAAGUGCUUUGGUUGUAAAUAUCUGUAUCUGAAAGGAAACAACGGAUAAGGACUGUCAUAGUGGAAGUUUCUGGGUGAUUGAGAGUGAGGAAAGAGAUCAUAUCAGUAGUGUUAUAUAAACUGGCUUCAGUGAGGAUUAUUUAUACAUCGUAUAUAUUUAGUCUUACGUCGAACCUUUUCAGCAUCUUGUCACAAGCCGACGUGUCGCAAUUUUAUUAUUGCCAAUUAUGUGUGGACACUUGCUGAAGACGUAGUGGAAGCUGCACCCGAUCAGUGUAUAGCUAUUAACUCAGGUCUCAGUAUCAGUCCCUGAGGAACACCAUAUUUACAUUCUAAGCCCGCUGCUGGAGACCUACCGUCAUACGACAAGAAUUCCCAAUCGACUGGGGACACUGCAGAAGUAGCGCAACCGCAACUUUUAUUUAAUAACUGAGGCCCCGGCAUCAGUCCUGUGGAACACUAUAUUUGCUCUUUCUCAGCCUGUCAUUACAAAACUGGUGUCAUGUAUUGGCUGUUUUCAGUCGGUUGUGGACACUGACUGCAAAAUUGGUGACAUUAUUGCAAUAAUAAUCUUCAGUCAACAGCUCUGGCCGUAGCGUCCAUCCCGACAGGACAUCGCAAUUGCCCUCCCACGCAGCCAGUAUAAAAUUGGUGUCGUGCUAUCGACUGUUGUCAGUCCACUGUCGACAGUAACUACACGACUGGUGAUACUGCCCUAUUACUAAUGUUCAAUCAACAACUGAGGGCCCAACAUUGAUCCCCGUGGAACACCACAGUUAUUCGGUCACUUGACGGCACCCGGCGUGGUCCGCCAGCGUCGACGUACAGACCGAGUGAUAACCGUGUGAUGCUCGUGUCCAGCACCGCCUGAGGCCAUGGCGCAGAGAGCAUCACUGCUGGUGUUGACACCUCUGCUGGUGGUGGUGGUGGCGCUGUCCCUCGUGGCGCGACUGCCCGCCGCCCACGCACGCCAGCCGUCGCCCCUGGAGCGAUUCAUGCACGCGCGCUUCCCGUCCACGACGGAGUCGCCGCUGCAGCGCGACUGGCCCGGUGACGAUUACGACUCGGACAGCUUCGACGACGACGACAUCGACGACUACCAGGACAGCACCAGCAGCACGGCGCCGCCGCCGCCGUCGCCCCCCAGACAGCACUCUCCCUCGGAGCCGAUGUCGCCGCACAGCCAGCAGAAGUGGUCGCUCAUGGGAUCGCGGGCGGCCGUCGACGCCUUCCGGCACUCGCGGCUCAAGCUCACCGGCACCGGCUCCAGGACCUCUGCCGAGAACGAGGUCCAGCUGGCGGUGGAGAACGCGCUGCGGGUGAACCGCGAGCACGAGUGCCGCGUGCCGGCGGCGCGGCUGGUGCGCGUCAAGGACGAGUACCCGCACCCCAACAAGCGCUACAUCCCGCACUGCGCCACGCUGCACCGCUGCGGGGACGACGCGGGCUGCUGCCACUCCGACACGCUCACCUGCGUCGCCGCCAAGGCGCACCCCGUCACCCUCUACUUCUACACGACCACGGCGGGGUCGCGCGCCGUGGUGGAGAAGCUGACGUUUGAGAACCACACGGAGUGCCGCUGCGAGGACAAGCUGGACGCCGUGAUGCCGCGCGACAUGCCAGACACCCAGCGGCCUCUGAGGGGGCCCCACCACCACCACGAGCCGCAACAGCACCACAGCAGCCACGCUGGCGGCUGCCGGUGCCCCAGCGCCUUCUCCGCGCGCCGUCUGCACGGCGGCGCCAGCUGCCGCUGCGAGUGCUUCGGUCACCACGCCGGCUGCGCCCGCCUGCGCCGCGGCAAGGACUACUUCUCCACCAGGGACAAGUACUGCAUCCAGAGCGGAGAGUGCGCCUACCCGGACUGCGAGUACGGGCCUUACAUCCGCAAGGCCGGCCGCUGUCCGCGCAAGAGGGAGCGGCUGUCUGCGUGGGACAAGGCGAGACACUGAGCGGCCUGCUGAAGAGGGGUCCAGGCGGAGGCAUCGAAACGUCGCGUCGCCGUGACGACUCGACACCAGCGGUGGUCAACUCUCAGCUCAGCUGUUGCCGGCCAGCGGUAGUCCACGAGAGCUAGACGUACCACGCUUUCAUCAGCGACCACUCUCCAAAACUACACUAACCACGCCGUACCGCAUCCUCCCGUCUUU